AUGACGUCUUUUGGUCGCGAUCACGCCGCUUGCACAUGCAUUCCCUUUGGAUGCUCAGCACGACAAUUCGAAAAGCACGGCGAAACUCAUGACGGCCGCCUUUUCCACCGAACUAACUACCCGCGCCAUGCAAAGGCAAUCGACGAAUACCAAGCUUCCAUUACAUCGACCCACGAUGUGUCUCAAGCUGCUCAGCCUGUUCUGGGUUCCGUCGAGCCUUGUGCCUCUGGCCAUGAGCUAACUCACCCCACGAGACCCAACUCUAGUCUCCCCACCAAUACUGCAAACAACAAACGCCGUCGAUCACCAUCUGAAGCUGCUAAUGCAACCUCUACAUCCUCUUCGGCGAAUCAUCAGCGGCCUCACAAGCAGGCGCGAGUGAGCGGUGGUGCUACCUAUGCCCUUGAGUUCGACACCGAUCUAUCCACCACUUACCUUCAAUUUUCUGUGGCUGGUAACGCUCUCAAGAAGACGCAGGAGACCCAGAUCCACAACGGCGCUUACCCACCAUCACCAACACCACCCCCGCCCGCUCCUGAUGUUGAGAUGAGUGAUCCGCACUCUCCUGCUGCUACUGAGAGUGGUCUAUCUGGAUCUUUGACUAGCCGAACACCGUAUACACGUGCAGCAAAACAUGCACCUUCGACAUACGCAGAGGAAAUCGGUGCCGACAUAAUUUUGAAAAAAUCCGCACCAAAAUGGAAGGCGUUCUCACCUUCCUUAGACAUCAGCCUUUCAAUCCAACCCAUCUUAGUAGGAAUCGGCUGUGAGGCGUCAAUCAAGCUCGACGAAACAUCAGCCUGGCGACAUGCCGGAAAGUCUUUCAGUACAUUCACCGAACAUCGCAGAAAUAGCUACGUGGAUUUUAUAGAUCAGGGUAGAACACGCACGGGUGUGAUACAUCACAUCAUACGACCUCACAGCCAUACGACACCUCUUUUUAUGAUACAUGUUUUCCGCGAGUUAGAUGCCACUGACAGCAUUAAAAGUCCUUAUUCAUACCUCUCGCGUCUGAAUGCUAAAGUAGUUUAUAACGAAUGCUACCUCAAAUGUGUAUGUAUGGACGAUUUAUUUGGACACUGCGCUGCCCUUCAUAAUCCCUCAGGAACUUUUGGAAUAGACAAACCAACCGUCUCGCUAGCCACUUCUGAUAUGUCAUCAAGCGAAGAAAAUAUCAAAUAA